GUUAGUACAUGUCCGUUUCUUCUCGAUCGCUUCACGGACUUCUCUCGUAAACUCUGGGAGCUGGAGACCUGCAACAUUUGGUACAGGCAGAAGUCUAGAAGUCUGAGACUAGCGAUAACCUAGCCUGAGUGCACUGCUGUUGCUACUCUCGAACUGGCGACCAGUACAGCUAGGAGCUAGGACUUCCUAUGGCAGAUUCAUCCGAAUAUUCAACUCUAAAGUCUCGGCAGAAACGUGUCCUUCCCUCCCGCUCACGUCGUGGUGGUCCUGGAAUAGGAAGCUGUGAUGUUGACCUCAUGAUAUUGGACGCGCAGAGACGAAGAUUUGAAAAUGAACCGCUCAUUCCCGCAAAUACGCAGUUCCUGUUGACCACAAAUUCUGCCCUCGUACCCCAACCCUCAUCCUCGACUGACUUCGGACUCAAUAGUCAUGCAAAUCAACGCUAUUUCGACAGACCAGAUGUUAUUCAAGCUUAUCGAGAACAACAGAUCAUUCAAACACCUGAAUUCACUACUUUGACAGAAGAUGCUAGCGUUGGGGGUAGAUUCAGACCAAGAAUUUCCGCGGAGCUCCCCGAGUCGGCAGAUACCUCUGAUGCUGUAUAUGAAAAACGCCAUCGGAAGUACGAGACGUUUGAAAAACGUCAGCGUCUCCGUGAAAAGGAGAAGCUGAAGCAUGAGCAGUACAAGCUCAAGGAGAGGAUAGAACAGCUGAGGGCGAUGGACGGAAGUGCAUUCCUCGGAUUACCUGCGGCAUCUUUCCCCCUACCAUCUGGUGUAGUUCAGAUCGAGGACGGCCAACACUCGAGUUGUUCGGAAAUUCACGCUGACGGCACAGCCGUGUGUAACGAGGGGGAGAGGCGACGGCAGGAGAUGCUUGAGGUAGCUUCUAUCCUGGAGGAUCGGUAUCGCACCCUGUUACCGUCAGACAAGAAGAACUAUUUCGAUCAGAAGAAAGCGAGCAGGCAGAGUAGCGUCAAUAUCCCUCCUUCCUCCGACAUCCGCCCGCAAGAGGAGUCGAUCGUCAAUGGGCGAGCUUCCGCCGCCAUUUCACCUGCCAAAGUCAACACUUCACUUGUCUUGAAAAUAAAGAUGCCAAAACAGUCAAGCUUUUCCCCAUCAGUAUCCAGCACCCCAGCACCCAAGCCCACAGCUUAUUUAUUAUCUUCUUCACCAUCCAAGUCCAAAUCGGUAUCUAGAAUGUCUCCAGCAAAACCAAUAUCUAGAGCCUCUUCUGAUACAGAGUCCGUCGAAUCCGAACGCCCGCACAAACGCGCAAGACCGUCACAUCUCGAUGAGGCAUACUCUCCACACUCUACUCCAGAACAUCAUGCGCCACGCCCUUCGCACCACGCACUGGCGCCAAAGCCAGAACCAUGCGUUCUCAUGCAGGCUGCUAUCCGCGCCUCAUCUGCGCCAACAGCUCGUAAAACGCAUAGGCAUGUAACUGCGUUUGGCGCAAAAGUACCACAAGAGAUUGAGGAACUUAGGGACUUCGAACUUCCUGAAUGGAUAGUCCCUCCCCAUCUCCGGUAUCAUGUGUUCGAUUGGGCGGGUCGCACACCAGAACCUGUAAUUAUUGCGGAGGAGCGGCCGGGGAUGAAUGGUGUUGUGCCCGUCUGAUCCUUAAUCAUGCCCUCAUGCACUUUCAUGAUAUAUAUAUACUUCGACUGUU